AUGCCUAAAGCACCAACUCCUCGUUGUAUCAUCGUGCGUCACGGACAGACCGAGUGGUCAAAGUCGGGCCAGUACACCGGGUCAACAGACCUGCCACUGACCGAGUACGGUGUGGGCCAGAUGAAGAGAACCAGCGAGUGCAUUUUCCGCAACAAGUUCAUCGACCCCAACAGCAUCACGUACAUCUUCACCUCUCCACGCACGCGUGCGCGCCAGACUGUGGAUCUCAUUCUCGCGUCGUUGACGCAGGAGCAGAGAGAGCGGAUCCGCGUGGUGGUCGACGAGGACCUGCGCGAGUGGGAGUACGGCGACUAUGAGGGUCUUCUGACUUCGCAGAUCGUGGAGCUGCGCAAGUCGCGCGGCCUGGACCGCGAGCGGCCAUGGAACAUCUGGAGAGACGGCUGCGAGAACGGCGAGAGCACGGAGCAGUUCGGCCUGCGUCUGUCGCGCGCGAUCGCACGGAUCCAGAACCUGCACCGCCAGCACCAGGCACAGGGUAUCGCGUCGGACAUCAUGGUUUUCGCGCACGGCCACGCGCUGCGCUACUUCGCGGGCCUGUGGUUGAAACACGGUGAGGAGAAGCCUUGCGACGGCAAGAAGCCCGUGCCCGCGACGUACCAGGACGAGACGGUCCCAUAUGUGGCUCUGAAGACCUACAGACACCUCGUAGACAACCCCAGCUUCUUGCUGGAUGCGGGCGGCAUCGGCGUGUUGUCGUACGCGCACCACAACAUCGACGAGCCCGCACUGGCACUCGCCGGCGCAUUUGUGUGCCCUCCUGAGGAAGAGUCGCAGCACGGCGCGACCGAGUCCUAA